CACCCAAUCGAAAUAGACUCUGAAGACAUAUGUCAUCAAGGAUUGUAUUUGAGCCAAGCCAGAAUAGAUAAAGAGAUGGAAGAAAAGAGACAAAAAGCCAUUGAAGACCUCUUCACUAAAAGAGUCAUUGUACCAUCUCCUUGGACAGAUCACAGUGGGAAACAGGUUUCUCAACUUAAUUCAAAAGUAGCUGUGCAACCUGGCAAAAGUAAUGCUGCUUGCCAAACUGUAUUGUCUCUUCCUGUAGAUUUUGACAUGGAAAAAAAUUAGUUCCAGGGCCGAGGUGAAUAUUUUAAAAUGGAUGAAUUAGCUGACCAGUCUCAGGAAAGCCUGAGUACUUCCUCACUGAGAGGAAAACUGUUUUUAGAUGAGAAUGGAAGCCUCUCCUCUGAGAACUCAUCCCCUGCUUUUCACAGUCCACACAAUGUUCCAGCCUCCCUUGGAGUACUGUAUUCAAUAGACAUCUCUCCAGUCCAUUGUAGAAGUCCUCUAAAUACAUCAAGCUCACGCCAGUUUUCCUCCAGACCUAUUCAGAAAGGUAUGAGGACUUACAGUUUGGGCAGCCUAACUAGUCCAUCAUUUCCAGAGAGAAAUCCUGCAUUUACUGCUUUUCCAACUUUCUCUCCAACCGGUAUUCAGAUAAGGAAGACGCCACUAUCAGAACAAAGGCACUUCACUUUUAGUUCUCCAGACAUGCCUUCUGUUUCAAAUGCAUGCCAACCAGCUCCUCCUUACAGCAUCAGUUCUUACACAGAAUGUUCUCCAUUAAAAAAUGGCUCUCCCAUGAGAACUGUGGCAUGCCGAGGAGCAACAGUGUAUCAGACCUCCCUCAUUUGCUUACCUUCUACUCCUGAAAGUUCCAGUGAAAAGCAGCCAGAGGUGGAGGCAGCAAGUGCUGUGGCUGAAGAAAAUCCGUCACCAGCACAGGCAAAAGUCAACCUGCACCCAUUGAAUGGAGAUGCCUCCACACAUGGCACACAUUUAGUGGUUGCCCGAAUGUCCAUUUCACCAGAGCAUUCUGAAGGCAACAAACAAGGGGUGACACUGAUCCAUGAUCUUGAUAGUUUCAAGGAAAACCAUUUGGUGGAUAUGGAUGAUCCAAGGAUGUUGGAAGAGGACUCAGUAAAAGGAUCAGCUGAAAAUGGUGGUAUGCCAAUAGCUGGCUUGAACUUCGAAGGUUCUUGCAUCUGUAUGUUGCCUCUUGCUGAAAGCAGUGCCAGUCCCUGUGAGAGCAGUAGUCUUCAGGUGGACAGUGGUUACAAUGGCCAGACUUGUACCAGUAGUCUUAUGGACACAGUUGGAUCUGAGAUGAGUUGCAAAGAGAAUGAUAUGCAUCUUUGUGAGAUUCAGAACAAAACAAAACAGAAGCUACAUAAGACUCCAAAAUGUGCAAAUGAGAGGGGGAAAAACAAGCUUGUUGAAUUCUUUCAUUUCCACCUUGAACUGCAUCCAAUAUGGAAAUUCAUUGCAAUGAAAGUGCAAUUGUUCCUCAUGUGA